AUGUUUUCUCCAAGUUCUGCCGGGGGCGGCUCAACCGCACCCCAGGAGCUGAGUCGUCCUGUGUCGUGCUUGGGUGGCGCCUCGUUCCUGCCUGACGAAGACGACGACGGCUUGCCUCCGCUUACUUCCUCGUAUACUUCUUACUUGUUUGCGUCUCUCACUGCAGUCCCGCUCUCCUCGCAGGCGAACGAAGUCCUCGCCUCCGGGCGCUCCAGAGACGCAGAUGCGCUGUCGUCCUCUUCUUCAUCUGUGUCCAGUUCUUCCGACGAUCUCCUCUCCUCGUCGUACCCGUUUCUUCGGCGCAUCACAUGGCAGCGCUACCUCGGCUUGCUCCGCGGCGACGCCCCCGCGGAGUGGGCUGCGCAGGCGGAGGCCCAUAGGAAGAAAUAUCGCCAGUUGCUAGAUCAGCAGCGCCUGAGUGCAAAGCGUCUGACUUCGCUGGAUCCCCAAAAAUUUCAUCCGCUGGCCUCCACGGCGGACAACCCGUGGAGUCAGAAGCAGCUGAACGACUGCUUGAUGGAAGAAAUCUGGAAAGACGUCGAGCGGACCUUCGCAGAUCGUGCGCUUUUCUGUCGCGAGGCCACGCGAAAAGCGCUUCAGCGGAUUCUCUUCACCUGGAGUCGGCAAAACCCAGACAUCUCGUAUAAACAGGGCAUGAACGAGCUGCUCGCCAUCUUCUUCCUAAUCUGCGCGAGGGAACAAGUUCCCCCCGACGCUUCUUCGUCUGCUGCUUUGCCGACAGGAGGAUCAGAAGACCUUCCGCAGCCUGUGCGCGUGCUGCUGUCCUCCGUCCCCGACGACGUCGAGGCAGACUCGUUCUCGCUUUUCAACGCCCUCAUGAACGACUUCCUCAUGCGAGCCGCGUACAUUCCGCCGCCGCCGCCCAAGCCCGCAGCGUCCCCCAUGAGCAACAUCCUCGGGAAGGGCAUCGGGCCUCUCGGUGGGCUCGGCGCGACGCCCGCUGCCGCCGCCCCACAGACGCAGCAGUCUGCGAUCUUGUGGCGCUGCGGGCACAUCUUUCACAAACUUCUGCGCAAGACGGACAGCGCGCUGUACGAACACCUCGUCGAGAUGGAUGUGCAGCCGCAGCUCUUCCUCCUCCGCUGGCUGCGCCUCCUCUUCAGCCGCGAAUUCCACGUUCAAGACACGAUCCUCAUCUGGGAUGCCGUCUUCGCCGACGCCUACCUCCAGAAUGGCGCAACCUCCUCCUCUGCCUCCGCGCCGACAUCUUCCUCCGCCCCCGCGAACUCGGCUGUCGCCUCGUCUGUUUCGGGUUCGACGACCUCCGCGCCCGCUUCCUCAAGCGGCGUUGACCUUCUCAGCAGCACUCGCGCGUCCGUGGCGUCGGUUGCGUCGCCGAUGGGGAGCUCCCAGUCGUCCUCGGUGCCGUCGUAUGUCCCUGAGAAGCUCGGCGCCUCUGCGGCCUCGCGGCUUCCGCUGACGGAUUUCUUUGCGCUCGCGAUGCUGCGAUUCAUUCGCGAAAACCUCAUGGCGAGCGAUGAGACGCUAUGCCUCCGCCGGCUGCUCAAGUUCCCUCCUAUCGAGUCCCUCCAACCCCUGAUUCUCCUUGCCCUCGCGCUGCGCUCGCCGCAGAAGGCGCGCGCCGCGCAGACCGCACGCCCGUGCCCCUCCGCUCUGUCUCCUGCGGCGUCGCUUCAACAGCAUCGCCUGCCGUCUCGACACGACGAAGACGCCGGGCUCUACAAGCUCUGUCCACCACCUGCAUCGGCUCUUGGAGGGCGGAAGGCGAUCGCGAGGGCUGCAGAAGUUGACAGCGGCGCGAGGAGCUCUCCACCGGCACCGCAGAGCGUCUCACGAGAGUGCCACGCCUCUGCGACAGACGCCUCGUCGACGGCCUCUGUGUCCGUCGCGGCGACGGCGGCUCUCGGUGCAAGCCCGGCGCGCCCGGUUUGCAACGGCGACUUCUUCAUGACGACGCCUCAGGUCGGCACGAGCGGUGUACAUGCACCGCAGGUUGGCGACCCUGCCGCGCAGCCGCCGUCGCACGCCUGCAGCAAUCCGACCGCGGUGAAACGGGACGGCGGCGACGAGGGCGGCCGAGGAGGUGGAGGCAGUCUGUCUCGAGACGUUUCGAUCAAAGUUGGAUACGGCGCACGGACCGGCGAUGGGGUGAGCGGGCUGACGCUUGCUCGCCACGUCGGGGAGAUCCUCGCGACGCUCAAGGCCGCGGCGCACGCGGAGGAGGCUUCUGAGGCCGAGCGGAGGACCGGCAACGCCAUGCUCGCUUCGUCCGCUGCCUCGCCUGUCUCGGUUCGCCGGGCUGUGGGGUCCGCGAUUUCGCGUCUCGGCCUUCUUCGGCACGUGCUUGCGGGCGACGUCGCGUACAGUCCUUCGCUUUUCGCGGCAGACGAGGAGCCCUCGGGCUCUGCGGCGUCGCAGGCAGCCCCCGCCGCGUCGCCCCUUGCCGCGUCCUCGUCUGCAGCUCCGACUUCGUCAGGACAUGCGCUGGGAAGUCUCCGCAGCGAGGUGGAUGGCGCAGCGGCUGCGCGGAGGCUGCAGGGCGCCGAGAGGGGCAUCGGCGCCGCGGGCGCUCACGCAGCGCAAGAGAGAGCAGCCGACGCGCGAGGCAGCGGCGCGCCGCCCUUCUCGUCUCCGCUGUCGCCGCUUCCCGUUGUGGGCGGGUCGUCGGCGGGCCUGGCGAGCCCGACCUUCCUGCAGAAGCGCAGCGACGCGGGCGGGGCUGCAGAGGGUCUCGAAGAGAGCAGAGGCGCGGGCGGCGACCUGCUGGCGACGCUGCUCUGA